CAAAAAUUCUGUUGCAGCGGUUUGUUUAGUGUUUAUUGGUUUGAUUGGAUUCAGUGCGAGAUGCGGCAAAUGUUCAAUAUUAUCAAGAACGGCACUUCGAAUGCUGAGUCAAGAGCAAACAUAUCCGCGUUUGAUGUAAACAUAAGAGUGAGUGUUUUGUCAAUAGCGCUCCAUGGAUCCUUUCUUGCGUAUCUUAUUUCAUCUGGCGAGACGUAUAGCGUUAACUUGUGCCGAACUCCGUACGUGACCAUAUUCCUAGUGCUUAUUGAAGCACUGAAGCAUAUCUACUUACGCAGGAGAUAUGAAAUAGAUGGCGCAACGAAACCACUAGUUAGCGGCGUAAACCGAUUUGAAUCUGCAUCGAGGACCAGCAAUAAUCAGACGAAAUGGCUUCCGUUGGUGAAGAAAGUUGGCCUAUGCUGCUCUGUUCUAAUAUCAUCGAUGCUUUUCUAUGCAUUUGUUAGCAUUGUUCUAGGGGCACCUUACUAUCAAAACAUGGAAACGUUGUCCCUUGCGGCAGUAUUGACCAUAUCGACGGUUUUACCCAUUGUGCUCUUUAUUGGAUCUACGAAUACCUACAAGUUGUUGUUCUCAGAGACAAUUGAACUGCGGACUCCUCUGGCGCAAUCCUAUCUGGAUCUUUUGAAAGACAACUGCAUUGGAGUAAUUUUGGGUGCAUGGGCAGCUUCAGUCGUGGCUCCUCUAGACUGGGAUCGUCCUUGGCAGGUAUAUCCUGUACCGAAUGUCGUGGGCGCAAUACUAGGUGCGCUGGGAACUAAUGUUUUCAGGUUUUUCCGGAUGGUUUGCUUUGGAUUCCACGAGAGAAUCGAUGGGAAGAAUAAUGUGUGAGAUCCUCAGGUGCACUCAAAUUAAACUAGUCAAUCAAAUAGGAUGAUAGAAAACGUAAUUUAAAGCGGUUCGAAAAUAAUAAAA